GCCAAACCACCAUCCACAAUCACAAUGUCCUCCAAAAACGGCGCCGAUACUGAAAUGAGCGAUGCCGACGCCGCUGGCGCCAGGCGCCCGCCCGUCACCGUCAACAAGCCCAUUCCCUACACCUUUGACCUCGGAAACCUACUCUGCAACGACUCCAACCCCCUCCCCGACUCGCACGAUGAAGAGUCUCUCUCCGCGACCGCCCGCGACUGCGCCCAAGUCCUCAUCAACCAGCUCCUCAGCACCUGCCCCAUUACCUCUACCAGCGACGGCGUCCUGCUGCAACUGCCCGCUCCCGAGACCCCUCUGCCGCGCGAGAAGCCCGUUCCCCAGCCCAAGCCGCCCACCAAGUGGGAGCUGUUCGCCGCCAAGAAGGGCAUCAAGGACAAGAAGCGCGACGGCAAGUUGGUCUACGACGAGGCCACCGGCGAAUGGGUGCCCAAGUGGGGCUACAAGGGCAAGAACAAGGACAUGGACGACCAAUGGCUGGUCGAGGUUGACGAGAAGAAGGAGGCGAAGACCGGUGAGGCGGACAACCCGCGUCUUACUCACCGGAAAGAGCGUGUCGAGAGGGUGAAGAGGAACGAGAGGAAACAGAGAGCCAACGAGUCCAGGAUCCGGAAGAAGGGUGCUUAGGUGUGUCGUGUGUUGGUGCGGAUCUUGUAAUUGAACCAAAUUCAAAAGUCCUCGGAAUUGGCGCUUGGAGUACUGGGAUGGCCUAUGGAAGCUCAUUAGUCGGGAUUGGCGUCAGCAUUGUUGGUACAGUCGGCUCGGCAGGGUUGAUGGGUUGUCAAGUAUGCUGGAAAGAAUGUCUAUCACACACUUGUCUCAUGUCAAAUAGCCCCAAACAGUCCUUUUCAAUUUCUUUUUUGACAUAGCUACCCAGACAUUUAAUGGCUUUGUCUUCCCCC